AUGCGUUUGCAACUUGCAUUCAUUGCUCUGGCUUUUAGAUAUUCUUUCACAUCAGUUCUCUCCUUUCCCACUGAUAGUAACGAGUCAUCUCCUCAAACUCAUCUUAGCCGCUCUAUCAAUAGGCGAACGGUAGGCCCUGUCGAUCAGAUUGCUCAUAUACGAGAGGAAACACGCUUAGAAACCCCUAAAUCAAUCUUUAGUGCUGAAGGGGUUGUAUCCUACAAAGGCUCAUUCAAAAGCCCCCCUCGCGUAACAACUUACAAAGAUGGAGAAAAAAUUAACGCAGAAACUGAAGAACGUCAGAUUCGAGAUGAUACAUCUGAUCAACAAAAAUCCGACUCUGAGGUCUCAUCCUCCGACAACCCCAUCGACAGCAAGACGGGUUUACAAAUCUAUUCAAAAGAAUGGUCGAGCAAAGACCUUUUACCUGAUGUAAUGAUCCGAUUUGGAGAAGCCUUAGGAAUCGACAACAAAGAAGUAAAGCCUUUGACAGGACAAUCAUUUGAUGUUUUAAAAGCCUUACCCUCUGACUUGGGCUGGGAUGAGAAGCAAGCCAAGUUAGAAACGGCGCAGGUGCUUGAGUGGUACCGAACCAACAAAGUGGCUUCAUUAGCUCCUGAUCAGCAACAAGUCCUGGAUUUCAACCUUGCAAUCGCGAUCUUAGAUCAUCGACCUUGGUGGACCGAAGAUAACAUGAAUGCUUGGCAAACUACAAACAUGCCUUGGGAAACCAUCACUCGAGUCGGUAGCAUCUUAGAGCGUAAAGUCAAGAAUCCUAUGAGAUCCGAAGAACUCAAUAAUGUUCGAAAAGAAAUCUUGACCAUUCUUGAUAACUUUGCCACUCACAACAAUAUUGAAGAAGACAUUGAAUAUCCCAUGAAACGAUCUCGUGGAGCAAUAGCUGAAGCACUACAAGAAGUGACCGGUGCGAACCAAGCAUCCAAUUCAAAAACUGAUUAUCCCGACUUUGAAGAGAAACUUGGAUUGAUUGCACCUCAACCUAAUGAGAUUGCAGAAAUUGAAGUCUUUCUAAAAACUCAAGAAGGUGAAGAGCAUUAUUUGGAUAAAAGCAUUCGAGUUGCAGUUCAUAUGCAAUUACUUCUUAAUGGAAUUCCUUAUGAUCUAGCGGAGAAAUAUGCGAAAGCUUAUAAGACAGUUAGUGCUUAUGUUUUUACUUUCCCUCAAGAUGCUGCGGAUAUCAAAGCCCUGAAAGACAUUUUACCGCUAGAGGAUGGAGGAAAUAUAGCUCACAGUACUACAUACACAGCUUUGAAGAGAUUUUUCCAAGCUAUUUAUGGUAAUCUAGAUGUGAACUAUGUAUCUACGAGAGCUUCAGUGUUGUUACGUGAGCAGACAAAAUGGACCCGACGGGUCAAAACUGGCCUUUUGCAAGCUCAACGACCUCAAGGAUUUAUCAGUAAGUAUGAAGUUUCCUUGCAACAAAUUUUGUUAAAUGUGUAG